AUGUCCAACCACAGCCGAGCCGUUUUUACAACCAUAGCCGUAUAUGCCUGUUGGCAGAUAUUCGCGACCGUCGUUUUUGACCCGCUAUUAGACUGGGCGGAUCACGAAUGGGAGGCUUUGUCGGAGAGAGAAAAGAAAGAGAUGGAGGAUAUGGCGGAUGAAGACGAGCCGAUUCUGUUCCUCCCGUUCCCGUUUACGACGAAGGAGGUUAGGCAACCGCCGUACAAGGGCUCCGAUCCUGAGUGGGCAACAUUCAUAGCUGUGAAUAAAGACCAGCAGUUGCAGAAAGACAUCAAGAUGGGCCUGGCGGAGCUAAUACGGCGAGGCGUUGAACGAAAUCCUGCCUAUGUUCAGUUGCUCGGCGGCCGGGAUAUCAAACUCAAAAAGCUAUGGCUGGACAUCAUUUACCCCCCCGCACCGCCCCCUAAGCACUAUGUUUCUGGUAUCAUUAUCGACGAUGACGGCAUAUUCUGGGGCGAUCGGCCGAUGGACUCGCUGGCUGCCAACCACCUCAACACGGCCAUAUACCCGAAAGCAGUAGCAUUGUCAGCGUGGGCAUUUCUUAAUUCAUUGGCAAGGCAGACAGCCCAAGAUAUUGGUAAAGUAUUGGGAUUUAACACGCCACCUCCACCCGAGGCAACAUGGCAGGCCGCCAUUCUGAAUCGUAUCAAAGAACAAGGAGAGCUCGGGUCAACUGGCAAACAGACCGUCAAGGUUCCAGGGCAGCCGGAUAAGUCCAACUUUCCGGUCCACACCGGCAUCAGCGAAAUCCCCGGCACCCCAUUCAGUGGUGUAAGCCAAGUUGAUCCUCGGAUUCAGGCCGCUCUUCAGGAUGCUACCGUUACAUUUACCAAGAACUGGCAGCCUGCGAAGCAGCCACCCAGCAGGGGCUGCAUCAGAGUUGAUGGACUGGUAGAGUUGCAAGGAAAGUCUGCAGUCAUGGCUGUAUACGUCCUGGGGUGGUAUGAUCCUAAACAGCGAAAGUACAUGGGCGUCCAGACCGGCUUGAAGCAUCUCAUACAAUUAAAGCAAAGACCAGCUGGCGGGGGCUAA